AUGCAAGACCACUCCUCUUCAGAUGAAUUUCCCCCAGGUACCAUCCUACUGAUAGAUCGGAAUACGCCAACCUCCGAGUUCAUUCUCAGCCCCACUCCCUCGGAUAAUCCCGACGACCCUCUGAAUUGGUCUUCACUCAGAAAAGCGGUGAACUUCGGCCUCACUUGUCUCUACGUUCUGUUCACUUUUGUCCUGAUUGACAUCAACAGUCUGGCGUACCGCGGGUACAUAGAAGAGUUGGGCUUGACUUACGCGACCUUCAAUGAUGCCAGCGGCUCCAAUUUUGCGGGUCUCGCAGUUGGAUGCCUUUUGCUGGUUCCAUGCGUGCACAAAUAUGGUCGUCGCCCUCUUUAUCUUAUCAGCGCCACUGUCCAAUUUGCGUGUGCUAUCUGGUGGGCGAACCUUCACCAUGGUGCAGAAUUAAUCGCAGUGAGCUUGCUGGCCGGUUUAUCAGGCUCGAUCAGUGAGGCCAUUGUGAUGAUCACUGUUGUUGAUCUAUUCUUUGUUCAUCAACAUGCUCGCAUGAAUGGCAUUUUCAUCUUCAUGCAGAGUCUCGGGGCCACGGGCGGCCCUAUCGCUGCAGGGUAUGUCAUUACCUCCAUGGGCUGGAGGUGGAUGUGGUGGAUGAUUGCAAUCUUUCUCGGUGUGAACCUACUUCUGGUCUUGUUCUUUUUCGAGGAAUCAAAGUACAUCCCAACCUUGUUAGGUCAGUCCACCCUUUCGAAGGAUCCUGAAAUUGUCAAGAUCAAAGGAGACCACGAGAUGAAAACAGAGCCACAGUCUGCUCCCACUCACUUAUCAAUCGACUCUCGACCUAGCCACAAGUCAUACAGCCAGCGACUUGCUCUUGUGACAAAAACCGACCAGCCAAUAAUCCAGCAUUUCUACCAACCUUUCAUCGUUCUUUUCACUUUCCCUGCUGUUGCAUUUACCGCUCUCAGCUAUGGCUCCAUUCUUGCUUGGUUUUCGGCAAACGCUUCGGCUGGCUCUUAUUUUCUGAUCUAUGAGCCUUACAACUUCGGCCCUUCUGCAAUCGGGCUAUUCCACCUUGGAGGUUUUAGUGGUUGCAUUAUCGCUACGUUCACAGCCCCUUUCUUCAACGAUUGGCUCAUUAUAUGGUUAGCCCGACGGAAUGAGGGUAUCUUUGAACCGGAAAUGCGUCUCUGGAUGAUGAUUCCUGCUGCCUUACUCAACGCCAUUGGCUUGCUGGUUUUUGGAAUUGGUCUGGGUCGGGGCUUCCACUGGAUGAUUCUUGCAGUCGGACAGGGGAUCUUCGGCUUUGGUUUCAUCGUUACUGCCGAUGCCGCUUUGACUUAUCUGAACGACUGCUAUCCUGACAUCCUUGGGGAUGCGCUCAUUGCCGUCGUCUUCGUCCGGAAUGGGCUUGCAAUGGCCAUCAGGUUCUCGUUUACCAGUUGGCUUGCUGGAAUGGGUAUCCAACACACCUUUAUCCUCAUUGGGGUGAUUGCCUUCGCUACCAUGAUAAUGCCUAUUCUGUUGUUGGCCUAUGGAAAAAAGGCAAGAGUUGGAACGGCUGCCAAAUAUAGGAAGUUUGCUUCGCGUCAACAAGUUAGAAGGUCGGUUUAA